AUGUCCUCGCCCCCCUCGCCAUCAGGGCUCUCCUCGUCCUCGGAGGAAGAGUCGCGGGAUGUGUAUACCACAAAUCCAUAUGCGAACCACCCGAGCUUGACGCCCACCGAAUCAGAAGUGCUGUGGGAGUAUGCAAAGCUCGCGCGGAGAAUGAAAGAGGUGCAAAUCAUGAAGGAUCUCACCCAUGAGCAAGACCAGGCGGCACUCAUCGGGCAAUUGCGCGUACUAGAGAAGAAGAUGGGGUUCGUCAUGACACUGGUACGUCCCGCGCGUGCCCCCUCGCGAUGUGGUCUUUGACGCGUCUUCAGUUCCGUGCAUCCGCUUGGGGCGUCAUCAACGAGAGGGCAGCAGCUGGAGGCCCUUGAGGAAUUGUAUCAUCAUCGUGCUCGUCUUCGUCUUGUAUCGAUAGUACAUUAUACCCUUCUUCUAUACAUGCAUCCCC